AAGUGAGUUGCCAAGGUUCUCUGUCAAAUGUUUGUUGACAAAAUUUGUUUGGUAUAUUUGUAUAUUAUUAUGGUGAUGAUUUCAAAUAAAAUAAAUAGUUCAUUCCAUUUAGAAAUCGACUGUAUUACGUUAUGAUUGACACAGAUGAUACUGAUGAACUGUUGUUGAUUCCACCUGAUUUCUUCUCCGUAAAAUCAAGUUCAGAACAUUCCCAAAUAGAAGAACCUUAUUAUAACGUUGUUGAUAAUCUCAUUAAACAAGUUGGAAAUCUUCGAAAUAGAUUAAAAUCCAUUGAAUCUUGUGACAGUUUCUGUAGCAAUUCUUUGGAUCGAUCUUACGAAUGCUUACGAAAAAUGGAAAAUGGAAAACAAACUUUUAGGAAAUACAGUAGUACAGAUGAUUUAUGCACAUCUCGUAGUACUGAGAACAGUCCACAAAAACCUCUUGCCAAAUUUAAGAUAAAUUCUUUGCCCAAUAGUCCAAAUACUGAUAGGUAUAUAUUCAAACAUUCCAGAGCUUUACAUCACAUUUCAAAUCCUGAUAGAUGGUCUACAAAAAAAAGUAAUAAACUUGAUAAAGAUGGUCAAGUAUUGACUGAAAUUGAUACAUUUUUAUCCAAAGUAAAAACUAUUCAAAGAAUAAAUGCUGCCAGAAAUUUGGAAAUGGAUUUUAAUGAUUAUAGUCACGUGAAAACAGGUCAAUCACCUCCAAUUGAGAAAAAAGAACCUUCCAAAUCCAAAACUAGCCAAUUUGGAGAUACUAAUGAAAGUAUACAUGAAUAUGAGUCUGAUAUUUCUCCUAAUAAAGUCAAAGAAAGAGAAUUAGACAACAAAACAUCAAUUGAUAAAGAUUUGGGAGUCAAUUUGGAUUUUACCCAAGACUCUCUACGAUAUAACCACAUACCUUCUUAUACAGAUAGUAGUUCAGAUUCCACACAAAUAACAUCUUAUAAUAGACCACGAGGUAGUGGGAAAGCUAAUUUAAUGAUAAAUCCUAUCCAUUCUAAUGCACUCAAUGUGCUCAAUGUACACAAAAAGUUACUUGAAGAUUCUAGUAGAAAAGUGAAGAGCAAAGAAACAUAUGCAGAUCACAAACAAAAAAGUAAAAACACUAUUGUAGGAGAUAAUUUAGGGACCCAAUUGAGUUUGAUGAAUUUGGCUGAUAUUUGGAAUGCAAAUAAUCACACAUUAACCAAAACCCAACUAACCCAGAAGUUACAGGAGGAGAAAUACAAACGCCAGCACUGUGAAGAAAUUAUUCAAAACCUUCAAACAAAAAAUUUGGAACUUCAACAGAAUAUGUCAGUUGCUGUUAAAGUGGAUGAGGCAAAAAAUGUAACAAUAAAAAAAUAUCAAGAGGCGUUAGAAAAGUUAAUUUUCAGAAUAGAAAAACUUGGUAAAGAAAAGCUAGAUCAAGAAUUUGAAAUAACCAAAUUAAAAAGUAAACAAAAUGAUGAUAAAGAAAACUUAACUCAGAAAAUGUCUUACUAUGAAAAAGAAGUUGCAGCACUUCUUAAGGUAGCUCAUGGAAACCAAGAAAAAAUGGCUACAUUGGAACAACGAUGUAUAGAACUAGAAAAAGAAAAUCAAACUUUGUCUAAACAAAAAGAAGUGUUAGAACAAGAAUAUUUGAAGGAGUGUGAUAAGUACAAGCAAUUGUCUGAUAUAUUGGCAUUAAAAGAGUUGGAAUUGAAUGAAAAUAAAACAACUUUGGCGUCGGCCAGAAAUGAAAUUUCCCAAAGUAAGCAAGCCAUUGAGACAUGUCAGGCUGAAUUCAAUGAAAUGAAAAGCGAAUUUAUGAAAAUGGAACAUGUCAUCGAAGAAGAACGUGCAUUAAAAGUGCAAUUGAAUAAUCAAAUUGCAGAUUUAACUGAAGAAGUACAAUCUAACAAGAAGCAACAGAAUCUUUUGCAAGAAGAAUUAGCGAAAAGCAAGAAACAAGUGGAAACCAAUAAAGUAGAAUUAAGGAAUUUCUAUCAGGGCCAAGUGGAACUUCUGGUACAAAGUAAACUGAAAGAAUUUCAGUGUCAACUAGAUGAAACUGAAAAUAAAUUUAAGGAAGAAAUUAAGAAAAGAGAAAUGGCAAUUGCAAAAUCCGCUGCAACACACAUACAACAAAUAUCAGAAAAGUAUUCUUUGGAAAUAGAACUAAUUGAAAAGAAACAUAAGGAGGAAACGAAACUAUACCAAAUACAGAUUAUGCAACAAAAACAACUGGUGGAAAGUCUACAAAAUAAGUUAGAUCAGUUCCAAGAGAAGAGAAUAGAAAUUGCAAAACAGCUGCAAAAAGUUAUGGAAUCCCAGUGGAACGAAGCUCUAAAGAUUAUUACGAGUGGAAGGUCUACUGGAUCUAUGGACGAAUCAGCAUUUGCCACAAUAGAUCAACUCAAUAAUUUAAAAACCAAAUCGUACAAUAACCUAGAAGAUGUUCUUUCACAACAUGACGAAGAUCAAUUAGAUAGUUGUAGGAGACAGAAUAAUAAAGAAGAAACUAGAUCUUCUAACGACAAAAGUGAAAAGCUGGAUUUUCACCGGUUUUUACCUGAAAAUGAUACACCUGUUUCAAGUCGAUUUCCACUGAAUAGACCAUUGAGUGGAUCCGAGUUUCAACAUUUUUUGAGUCUGUUAUUGAACAAACCACCUGGUGAUUUUCAUCAUGAGACCAAAGAAACCGAAACUAUAGAUUUUAGCAAGUUACAGUAUUUUCAAGACCAAGAAGAUGGAAAGUUAAACCAAAAAGGACAGAAAGAUCGUAAAGGUCCUAAACCACCGUGGAAAUAGAGUUAUACACUCAAAUGAUUUAUUUAUUAGAAAGAAAUUUAUUUUAUAUUAAUUAAAGAAUACAUUUUUUUUAUUUUUAAUAAAAUAUAUAUAUGCGUAU